AUGGCCGUCUCUCCCUCGCCACCCCCACCCGUCCCCUCCACAACGCCCUCCUCGUCCACACGAUCGUCAACCCUCACCGUCGUCUUUGCGCAGGGCGGUAGCGGUUCAACCUGUCUCCUCCGACCCAAUGCAGUCGUCCGAGGUCAUGUCGAACUCAAACUGAUCAAACCAUGCCAUGCCUCGGGCGUUCGUCUCAGCCUCAAAGCUGAAGAGUCUGCAAUCGUACUGGGUCAAGAAUCGAACGGCGACUCGAUGCGCCAAAAGUUCCAACAGACCGUCAUUACCCUCUUCGACACAGAAGUCAUGGUCUCUGGCUCGAACCAAGGCGAUAACGAGUUGGCCAAUUGGCAGGAGAUUGCCCCCGGAUCGUAUACGUUUCCUUUUGCACUCAAGGUGCCCAACGUCAACUUUCCUCCCUGUAUUCCUGGUCUUGAUGGAUUCUCUAUACGCUACGUGUGGAAGGCACAUGUGGAAAGUCCCUUUGAACCCAGUCUGUCCUCAGAAGAGGUCCUCUGCCAGUUCAUGCCCAAUGUCCUUGCGCCCAAACCCCAAGAGUGGACAUAUCGCGAGGUCGUUGGGGCAGUGAUGUCAAAGAGCACGACACAGGUCAACAAGCCGCCCACAGGAAUUGAUGUCAGCAUCAAAAUGCACCAGCAGGUGUAUGUCCCAGGUGACCCAUUGUCAAUGGCAAUGACCCUGGUCAACAAUGGUCAGGGUAAGGUGGCGGCCAUCGAUAUGGUUCUCCGUCGGACCAUCAAGGGCACCGUCUCAACCUCCUACGCCAACCUCUCCAACCAAUCUCAGACCCAUAUCAUGACAAAGACUGUUGAGUGCAAGGUGCGGUCUGGUGAGACGGGGCAGGUCGAUAUCUUAACCACUAUCCCCCCCCUUGGGAAGUACUAUUCCAUUCCGACAUUCGAGUCCAACUUUCUGAAGGUUUAUUAUGAGCUCUUGUGUAUCGUCAAGGUCAAGCGGUCGGUGUUCUCAGGCGGCGAUACGACAUACCAGUGCGCGUUUCCGAUCCCCAUUGCGACGCAUAAUGUUGAUAAUCCGAUCAUUACUGGACGCACCCCACGCUGGACAAAGAGUCGGUUGCAGCCUUAUUUCUUUGAGUCUGCUUGGGCUGACCCUGUCGGUGACCUCCCAGGUCCUCUAGUCAACACCAACUGCAACAACAUUAACACCAGCACCGACACUCUCCAGGCCGUGAGCCCCGUCAUCGCCACCGGCGAAUCAAUCAUCGGAAUGUCUUCGCUCGCCUCGGCCUCAGCCGCAUCCUUGUUGAGUAACCCAGGAUCAAGUAACGCGAUGCAGGAAUUCCUUACGGGAGGAUCGGUAGAGCUCCACCGCGAACGGACACUCAAGAAGAGCCUGACACGGAGCAAGAGCAUGAAGGACUUACAAACCCCGCGCCUCAAUGGGUCCACCUGGAGAGCAGAGCGGGAGCAAUUGCUGAACCAGACCCGGGAUCUGCCCUCCAACAACGCCAACGUCACACAACUCGAUCGCUCCAUCACCGACGGCGCAUCUUCUUCUUCCAACGGCGUCGGCAAGCGCUCUCCACCCCUGGGCGCAACAACCAAAUCUUCAACCACCAAAUUCUCAACCACCAAAUCCUCAACCACCAACGAUGACUGGCAACAACAAGGACAAAACGCCCCUGGCGACGCUGAUGUGGUUGACAGCAACGGCAACGUCGGAUAUACCCCUCCCCCACCAACGGCUCGGCCACCCAAGAGCGCACACCGUGAACUGACCCCCGAACAACAAGCAGAAUUGGCCAGAAAGGCUAGCCGCAGGAUCCUGCCCAACCAGGGCAUGUACAACAAUGAUGGAAUCCUGCCACCCGAAAUCGAGUCCCGGUACCAGCCCCAAUCUCCUACCAUCAACCCUGCCACCAACCCUGCCGCUGCUGCCGUCAGCCAAUCAUCGUCUACGACCAACAACAAUGCAUCUCUCAGCAAACCGCUACCUCGCCGAAACGCGUCCUUAUCACAAAAGUCACACUACCCACAACAUGGCGGUGCUAGCUCAAACUACAUCCCAGACCAGGACACUAUUGAUACCCCAACACCCACUACUCGUGGAAACUACACUGGAGUAUAUGAACCCACACGCUCCAACACUGGCAACAGUUUCAGCAACAGUGGUGGCGGUAACGACCAAGGAUACUCCUCAUCUUCUCGCCACCAACAGGACGGAGGAUACCCCGCCAUCCCCGAAAGAAUGCCCUACCAACACUCCCUCCCCGCCCAUCAACAGCCUCCAGGUGUUAUCAUCCCUGUCGGAUUGGUCUCACCUCCCCUCCUCGCCAGCACAUCCCCUUCAUCGUCAUCAAAGAGCACUCGCCUGGAGAGAAGUCCUAGUCGUCGAGAUGUCCCAACCACCAAUAACGGUCUCUCGAACCUCUCUGCCAACGCAGGCGACUUCAUGCCACCCCCACCUUUCAACAGGUCCAUGCCCACCUCUACCAUUACCGAAACUAAUAACGGAAACAGCAGUUAUCACCAACGACAGGGAAGCGCCGGCAGCAACCAUGUUGUCAUCGGCAACAACAGCGCCAACAACAACGCCACCAACAACGUCAACAACAACAACAGCAUCAACAGCUGUAUCGGAAACUACGACCUGGCCAGGAUUCCACCUUGGGAGCGCGUUGAGCGAGUUCACCACCAGAACUGGUUCCGCCCCGGCCCACAUCAGACAGGUGCCUUACAGGCGUUUGAUGCUGCGGGACUGACAAUGUCCAACUUGCAGAGUGUUCCGAUCUUGAAGAAGACGCUCCAGCACCCUGUUGAUACUGCUGUUGUGCAUUCCAUCGAGGUUGAAGAGCACCUUCGCUGA